UCAACAUGGCGGCAGCGGGGAUUGAUUUUGGAUACACUAGUAUAGUUAUUGGUGCUUGUAAGGAUGGCCGACCUGAGAUUGUAACCACAGAUACAGGAGAGUGGAUUACUCCUGCAAUGGCAGCAUUUACUGACAAAGAACAGAUCAUUGGUACAUCUGCUAAACUUGGUUUGAUAAGAAACUCAACAAAUACCAUCACAAACAUCAAAGCAAUGUUGGGAAAGAGUUUAUCGGAUGAAUUUUUUUACGAUAUGGCCAAACGUUCCCCGGCAAAGAUUAUUCGAAAGAGUGGUAAUAUUUUUUUCGAAGUCACUCAAAAAGGAAAGCAGAUUCUUGUAUCACCAUCUGAUAUCAUCCUUAGUAUGUUCAAGAACAUUUUAAAAAGUAUCCAAGCCUGUCAUGGUAGCGAGGCUAAUCAACUUGUCUUGACUGUUCCCUUACAUUUCAGCGAAAAGCAGAGAUUUGAGAUGAAAAUCGUUAAUUUAGAAAUUCCGCUGAAAGUUGGUUUUCAUGUUCUGCGAGUGAUUCACGAACCUACUGCUGCUGUUUUAGCCUACGGUAUUGGACAGGACGAUCCUUCUGUAAAUAGUUUGGUUUUGGUUUAUCAUCUUGGAGGAAGAACAUUACAAGUCACCCUUAUUUCUGUAAACAGUGGAAUGUAUAAAAUUUUGGAUUCGUUUUAUAAUAAUUCCAUUGGAGGAGAAAGUUUUGAUGAGGUUUUAGUUUCACAUUUAGCAGAUGAAUUUAAAAGAAUAUGGAAAGACGAUAUUAAAGAAAAUAAAAAAGCUAUAGCCAAACUUCGUGCUGGGGCAGAAAUAUGUAAACAUGUUUUAUCGUCUCAUGCUACGGCGAUGUGUUCUGUGGAGUCACUUCAUGAUGGAAUUGAUUUUCAAUGUAAUGUCUCCAGAGCAAGAUUUGAAUCGCUAAGUUCUCAGUUAUUUCAAAAUUGUGUCAGUCCUGUUAACGAUUUGAUGGAGAAAUGCAACGUGAAUCCUGCAGAUAUUGAUAAGGUGAUUUUGUGCGGUGGGUCAACUCGAAUGCCAAGAAUCCAAACGCUACUACAAAAUAUAUUCAAAGGAAAAGAAAUUAAAAGAAUAAGUCCUGAAGGUGUUGUUGCAUAUGGUGCAGCCAUACAGGCAUCGUUGCUUCAAGGAAACAAAAAUGAAAACAUUCAUAGUCAUCGUAUUACUUGUACUUCUCGAGCAAUUGCAAUAAAGGUAAAAGAUGAUGACAACACAAAUUAUUUUAUGACCGUCAUUCCUCGUUUAACACCCAUUCCAGUAAAAAGAAUUCAUAAAUUUAUCUCUUCACAAGACAAUCAGGAAAGUAUAUGUGUCGAAGUUUAUGAAAUUUUUGAAGAUAAUAUCCAACAAACGAACGAGCUUCUAGCAAAGGUUGUAUUGGAUGAGCUGCUCAUUACCAAAGGGGAAUGUAAAUUUUCAGCAUCCUUCCAUGUAAAAGUAGAUGGUUCCUUUCACAUUCACAUCUCUGAGAAAACAUCAGGAAAAUCUGUUGGAGUUACUGUUGAUCAUAACUAGCAAUUGAACAUUAUCACUAAGAAACAUUUGUUUCCACAAAAAAAAUUUUCUAUACAUUAAAAAUUGCUAUUUAGCAAAA